UACUGGAAGGAUGAUUUCUUGCAGUGGAAUCCGGACGAUUACGAUGGUGCUACUGAAAUUUUCCUGUCCUCUAGUGAUAUCUGGAUUCCAGAAUUUUCACUCUAUUAUAGUCAUCACUUCAAUCAAGCUGUAAAAUUGCUGAGUAAUAACGAUGUUCGUGUGAAUUACACUGGCAGUGUCCGUUAUUAUUUGCCGUACUCAACCGAAUCGCUCUGCAAAUUGGAUGUGAAGUUUUUCCCUUUCGAUAUACAGCAGUGCACAUUACUGUUUGGAUCCUGGGCUCAUUCAAAUGAUUCGAUCAAGUACGCUCUCUAUUCAAAAAAUCUCAGUUUGAUAGACUUUUAUGACAACCAGGAAUGGCAGCUCGAUUUGGUUAGCUUCUGCAAAUUCCAUGCCGUAUAG